AUGGCGAGCCCCAACAACCAAGUGGCCGCUGCCGUACGAGACGAGAAUGGCGUAGAGGGUAUGGUGCAGUUUGUGCUAGAGCCCCCCAUCAACCAGACCACAAUCCGCAUGGCCUACAGCGUCCAACACCCACGCGUCGGUGCCCUUGCGAUUGGUGGUGAGGAACUGGCUGCCUUCUGCCAUACAGCAGAGCAGCGCACAGUACUCGCUCAGCCUGGCAGGCCGGUCGUCUUCGUACGAAACCGCCUCAACGCAGACCAGCUGUUCUCUGGAAGGCCUAGCUACAUCAACGCACUCCUCAUCCAGUCUCGUGGGGAGCGAGCUGAUGAGCCCUGUUCUCUCUGCCGUGCUGCUAUCGAGAGGGACAACGAUGGCCUAGCCAAUCCGUUCCCUGCUUGCGUACGAUUGCCCGGCCAUUAG